GUCGCUUCUCAUCUUCAGCUAAAGAUAUCAUAAUCUCUCGAUCAGUUCUAUAGUUUCCCAUUUUCAACUCUACUCUAGCAUCCUGACCAAACACUUACUCAUUUGUCUCCUUUGUAAGAAGCUUUUCAAAUAUCUUACCAUAGUUUAAUACUAAUGGCGAAUCUACAAAAGAUGAUCUCUGAGAAGUCAGUUGUGAUCUUUAGCAAGAACUCUUGCUGCAUGUCUCACACAAUCAAGACUCUUUUCUUAGACUUUGGUGUGAACCCUACGAUCUAUGAGCUCGACGAGAUUAACAGAGGAAAGGAGAUAGAGCAAGCAUUGGCUCAGCUAGGGUGCAGCCCGACCGUGCCAGUAGUGUUCAUAGGAGGGCAGCUCGUUGGUGGAGCUAACCAAGUCAUGAGUCUCCAUCUCAAUCGCUCUCUUGUUCCUAUGCUUAAGCGCGCUGGAGCAUUAUGGCUUUGACUUUUAAAUAACUGAGAUUGCAAAUUAAUUAUGUACUAAUGAAAACGAAACUAUAUAUAUACAUAAGAAUGUAUGUAUGAUGAGUUAAUGUAAUGCCUAUCUUUAGUUUUGAAAAGA